UUGUUAUUUUUUCAGGGAUUAGAAGGAUGUUCUUCCUGUGAAGCAAUUUUUAAUGCAGUUAAUACCUUUUUUGAACUCCAUGACAUAAAGUGGGAAUAUUGUGUAUCUGUGUGUACAGACGGCGCAGCUGCAUUGACCGGCUCCAAAACAGGAUUCAAAGCAAAAGUAACUGAGAUUGCACCUCACGUAGGCUUUGUUCACUGUAUGAUUCACCGUGAAGCCCUUGCAGCAAAAUAUUUGCAACCAGAUGUAAAUAAAGUGUUAGAACAAGUCGUAACAAUAAUAAAUUUUAUUAAAGCUCGCGCCUUAAACAGUCGCCUUUUCAAAAUAAUGUGUCGUGAAAUGGGAUCAGAAUACGAAAAUCUACUGUUACAUACGGAGGUCAGGUGGUUAUCGCGAGGAAAAACACUCCGACGUGUAUUUGAUCUCAAAGAUGAAAUCAGAAUAUUUCUACUUGAACGGGAACCAAAGCUAGCGGAAUAUUUUUUGAAUGAAAAUUGGUUGGCAACAGUUGGCUAUCAUUCGGAUAUUUUUGAAAAACUUAACGAUUUAAAUCAAUCGUUGCAAGGUAAGAGUACAAAUGUAUUGAUUUUAGCUAACAAAAUAAAAGCUUUUUGUAGGAAAAUAAGUUUGUGGAUAGACGAAAUCAGUGCUGAAAACUACGAGAUGUUUGCAUGUUUGGAAAAAUUUUCUGAAGAAAACAAUAUAAAGCUCGAAGAAGAAAUUAAAACCAAAAUCAUGAUGCAUCUUACAAACCUUAAGCAAGACUUGGAAAUAAGAGUCCCAGAUACGUCACACGGCGACCAAUGGAUAAUUAUUCCAUUCACUUGUGAUCUUAACACUGUGAAGAUGAACUUAAAAGAAAAGGAGCAGCCGAUCGAUUUAAUGUCCGAUGAAAGCCUUCGAUCUAUUUUCAAAACCACAGAUCUAUCCAAGUUCUGGAUAAUGACGGAAAAGGAAUAUCCACUGUUAUUCAAAACAUCUCUGCUGAAAUUGCUGCCAUUCGCAUCUACAUACCUUUGCGAGACAGCUUUCUCCACAUUAACUGCUAUAAAAACAAAAUAUCGCUCCAGACUUAACGUAGAACCUGAUUUGAGGGUGUCUGUUUCUGAUAAUAUAUCACCAAGAAUUAAUAUACUGACUGCAAGUGUGCAAGCACAAGGUUCACAUUAG